AUGUUCCCCAGCCUCCGCAAACAGAACCGGCGACUCCUUCGACCUCCUAAUCGUUACAUUUACAGUUUUUCUGCGUCGCUGAACGUUUGCCGUGUGAAGGUCCCAGUCAGUUCGCCCCGUAACCACCCUACCGUCUUGGAUCUGUCAAUUGACGGUAUUAACGGACCCAGACUUGCAGCUGGAGCCACCACUUCUGGCAAGUCUGAGUCGUUCAAAAUGGAUGAUCUGAAUGAUUCGCAAGGUUCCUCGCAUCCAGAUUCUCCUGAUAGUGACCAUCAAAAACGAAUGGCCAAUUUGGGGACCACCAUUGAGGAGCUCAAAAUUCUCGUGCCCAAUCUCCUUCACAAAUCGCUCCCGAAAGAGCUACUUCUGCCAGAUAUUAUGCUACGCAUGAAUCCGUCUCAUUUGGACCUGCUCAAGCUGAUUCUUCCCAAUAUAAAGGGCCAUGUCUCAUACUAUGCUGCUUGUAAAGCCCUCCAACUCUUUUUCACUUCAGUGGUGCUCAAUCCACAUGCUCAGUUCCACAUUCAACUGGUCAGAACGUCCAAUUUUCCCGAGCCAAAUGCGGUAUUUGCUCAUUCUACGAAGAUAUAUAUGAGGUGGAACACUUGUGAAGAAGGAUGUACGCAUCUUCAUAACGAAAACGUCCCGGACUCAGUGUCAACCUCAAGAGCUAAGUUGGGAUCUCACCAAUGGUCUGGAUUUGAUCCGGAUAAGGUGAUAGAUAAAGAUAACUCGAGCUGGUCCGUGACAGGAUCGUUGGUAGAUCUAACCAAAGGUCUUAUUGGAUUAAAGAAGGAUGAGUCGAGCUUUGAGCGAGUGAUUCUGGGGGUUUUCAUUUUUGAGCUCAAUGAAGACAAUUCCCAGAUCUUGGUGCAUACCAUCGAUGACAUGAUCAUCGCCGAACGUAGAGAUGAUCAGAGUGUGGCAGAGAAGCUUCGGGUUUGCUGA